GCGGCGGCAUUUUGUCUGCCUUGGAGUUGGUUUGGCUGACCAAAAGCCCCAGAGCACUGGGACACAUCCAAGACACCCGGAGGCGGAAGGUUCCUAAGUCCACAGAAGUCUUAUGGACCCUACACAGGACAGUAUCACCUUUGUGGAUGUGGCCGUGUACUUCUCCUGGGAGGAAUGGCUUCUCCUGGAUCCAGCUCAGAAACUCCUAUACUGUGACGUGAUGCUGGAGAACAUUGCACUGACGGCCUCUCUAGAUUAUCGGCACGGACUGGAAGAUGAGGGAGCACAUUCUGAGCAGAAUAUUUGUACAGAAGAAACGUCACAGGUGUCAAUGACCUUCAAGUUUUUGGCCAUGACCUUCACCUGGGAGGAGUGGGGGCAAUUGGACCUGGCCCAGAAGAGUCUGUAUCGGGAGGUAAUGCUGGAGACCUGCAGACUCCUAGUCUCAUUGGGGUAUCCCGUUCCCAGACUAGAACUACUCUAUCUGCUAGAGAAGGAUCAAGAUCUGUGUAUAAUGAAAAGGGGUCUCUGCUAACGUUCCCUUCCAGAUGCAUCUUUCUCUUGGAUCCUCAUUUCUUCAAGUAACACAGAACUUUUACCUGGGACCACUUUCCAUUAUCCUUAAAUAGAAUUUCCUUAAAUAAGAAUUUCAUUUUAUGCAAGCUAAUUGUCUAUUAAAUUUCUUUUUG